CGGCCAUGGGCUGGGCGCUGUGGCUGGCGCUGUGGGCGCUGGGGGGCUCUGGGGCCCGGGGCUGCCUGCGCUGCGACCCCGGCUCCAUGCGGCUGCUGCGGGAGCUGAAGGGGCCCUACCUGGGCCGGCAGCUGCGGGGGGACCCGGACCUGCGGGCGCGGCUGGAGGCCCUGCUGGAGCGCAGCCUCCAGGGGCUGGCGGAGCUGCCCAUCGGGGAGCAGAGCUAC